AUGAGCAAGAACUUCAUUUGUCCGAGCAUUUUACCGUGGGGAGCACCGGUAUUACUGGUGAAAAAGAAAGAUGGAAGUAUGCGUCUAUGUGUGGACUACAGUUAUCACCAAAUACGGGUGAGAGACGAAUAUAUCCCUAAGACUGCCUUCAGAACUCGUUAUGGUCAUUAUGAGUACACUACUGAAGAAGAGCAUGUAGAACACUUGAGAACUAUGUUGCAGAUACUGAAGGAAAGGAAACUCUAUGCGAAACUGUCCAAGUGUGAGUUUUGGAAGGACGAUGUGAAGUUUCUGAGCCAUGUAGUAAGCAAACAAGGGAUAGUUGUAGAUCAUUCUAAGGUAGAAGUAGUAAUGGAUUGGGGGCAACCGACAUCAGUAACUAAGAUAAGGAGUUUUUUUGGUUUAGCUGGUUAUUAUCGGAGGUUCAUCAAAGGUUUCUCACAAAUAGCUUUACCAAUGACGAAGUUAACCCGCAAAGAUGCGCCAUUUGUCUGGACAUCUGAGUGCGAAGAAAGCUUUCAAGCUUUGAAGCAGAAGUUGACCACAGUGCCUGUGCUCAUGUUACCAAAACCAAAUGAACCGUUUGAGGUGUACUGCGAUGCUUCAUUAAAGGGUUUGGGGUGUGUGCUGAUGCAACACUGGAAUAUUGUGGCAUAUGCUUCACGACAGUUGAGACCUCAUGAAGUUAAUUAUCCGAGCUGA